AUGUACAAAGGGAAAAGAAAGUACAUUGAAAUUUGGCAGAAAGUUGAAAUUGCUGAAUUUUACAUUCAACACCAAAAUGAGAUGAGCAUGAGAGAUGUUGCUGCAAAGUUUCAUGUCAACUCCUUUAGCUCGAUUUCCGAAUGGGUGAAUAAGCUUGAUGAGUUGAAGAAAUCAGUAAAAUCUGAUAAAAAAUUAAAAUUAGAAAGCUUCACUCAAUUUCCAGAGCUAGAGAAAGAACUAGUUCAUUGGUUUACUGCAAUCCGUGAGCAAGGUAUUCAGGUUCUCAGAUCAACGAUUGAGGAGAAAGCAAAAAGUUUGGCGGCAGAAAUGGGAUUGGCGCGAUUCGGCUGUGGAGAUAAAUGGUGGCAAGGAUUUAGGACCAGAAAUAAUUUAUCUUUCAGAAAAAUCAAUGCCUCAAGCAUUAAGCCAAUCGAAGGGGGGGCGGGACUUGUCAGGCAAUACCUAGAUGAUUUAGCGUCAUUGCUUCCUCAAUUCGUUCCAUCUAACAUUUACAAUUUCGAUGAAACGAGAUUUGAUUGAGAUGUAAAAAGCAAGUUCACUUAUGAUUUCAAGGGAACUCAACGAAUUCUAGGCGUUCAAUCAGCUAAAAUGAACCAUUUUAUCACUGUUAUGCUUAUGAUUAGAGCUGAUGGAGAAAAAAUGCCUGCUUUGCUCAUUUUUCAAGAGAAAAAUGGCCAGAUCCCGAACCUUGUAAGAGAAAGACUGAAUAUUCCAGAAAAUGUCAUCAUAAAAUCAAAUAAAUCUGGCUACAUUUCUGACCAGAUUCUUAAUGACUACCUCAGAACAAUAUUGAGACGAGAAAACCAACUGCUGAUUUAUGAUCAGGCUGGAAGUCAUAAAACUAUCAUGAUUUCUAAUGCAAUUUCAGAUUUAGAUGCAACCAAAAUUGUGAUCCCUGGAGGGUGCACAAAGUAUUUGCAACCACUUGACGCACUGGUAAUUGCAAAUUUCAAAUCAAAAACAACAGAUUUCAGAAUCAAAUUCCAAAACAGAGCAGAUUGAAAGAAGAUCGAAAAGAACUGGAAACCUCAAAGCUCUUGAUCGCCAGCAACUGAUAAACAUUGCUUCAAAGGCGUGAGAUGCUGUAAGCCCUCAACUUGUCAGAAAAUCAUUUGAGUUGACGGGUUCUUAUGGCGUUAA